AUGACCGCGCCCUUCCAAUCUAUAGCGCGGAAGUGCAGCCUGCCGCCGAGGGUCUCUCCGACUGGAUCUGAUACUGUCCCAGUGGACGGAAAACCAAAGGAAGUCCCGGUAUGUGCCAUGGAAGAGUAUGCGCUCCGGCCGUUUUUCUAUGACUACUGCAUCACUCCCGUCAACUCGUCGUUCUCGCGCGGGUUCCUAGGGGGUCUUGAGUCGAUCGUUCAUCGGCAAGGUCUGCAAUCCCAGGUUGCGAAGGCAUGCAAGGCCGUUGCAUGUGCGAGUCAUGCAAUCACGCUGAAUCGCCCGUUUCUGACUCGAAAGGCCGAGGGGCUGUAUCAGGAGCUUCUGAACGCUCUGGCUGAGGCGAUCCGGGAUCCCAAGCUG